AGAGGAUCAUCACCGCGGGCGGCGUGACAUCCGAGCCAAGAUGUUUGCAAUUGUGUGCGUGAUAUUCCUCGUUGCAGCGUGUGCCAUCGUGGGCGGGGGAGCCAUUUACCGUCGCCAAAGUAAUAAAUGCAGAAGCACUCGGCAGCUGAAGGGCAAGACUGUCAUCGUCACGGGAGGUUCAUCAGGGAUUGGACUGGCCACGGCGGAGGACCUAGCUCGCCGCGGGGCAAGGGUCAUCCUCGCCUGCAGGAACGCCGCAAAAGCCAAUCAAGUUGCACACGGAAUUCGGGAGAGGACGGGCAACGCGGAGGUUCAAGUGAGAGUCCUCGAUACCUCGGACUUCGACUCCGUAAGAAAAUUCGCCAACGAGUUCAAGGAGACUGAAAAGCGGUUGGACGUACUGAUCAACAACGCCGGCGUAGGCAUCCCUGAGAAAAGGUUAAGCAAGCAAGGCUUUGAGCUGACUCAGGCCACUAACCACUACGGCCACUUCCUCCUCACUAACCUCCUCGUUGACGUCCUCAGAGCCAGUGCCCCAAGUCGCGUGGUCACUGUGUCGUCUUUGGUUCACAAGUAUUGUUCCAAGGCUGAUCUCGAGGACUUGAACUUUGACCAGACCCCCUACGCUGCGUUCCCUGCAUAUGCGCUCUCCAAACUGUGCAACAUUCUCUUCACUAAGGAAAUCGCUCGGAAACUACAGGGGACAGGUGUGGUGGCAAAUUGUCUCCAUCCAGGUGUUGUCGCCACCGGUUUACUAAAUAAAGAAAACACGUGGAUGGGUGCGCUGCUUACCUUCUUCGUCGGGGUUAUUGGCAAGAGUCGAGACGGUGGCGCGCAAACUAGUAUCUACUUAGCUGUGGCCGAAGAAGCUCAACACAUGUCUGGAAAAUAUUUCGUAGACUGUAAGGAGAGCGCUUGUUGCAAGUUAGCCGAAGACGAAGGCCUGGCCAAGAAGCUGUGGGAAGUGAGCGAAAGAGACGUCAAACUGCAGCCCGGUGAGGUAUUUUACUAGUGGCCGUUUAUCAAUGAGUGUUCUUUUGUGUACGAAGGGAAUCGAUGUGCGUUAACGUUCCUCGCAACUGCAAAAUAGUCUUGACAUCGUAGGAGAGUGAAUACCACAGAAGCGCAGAGGCGUAGUCUCAAUUUAUAAGUGCGGAGCGCGGACGCCUUCGAUGUUGCCUGACGAAACCGUUUCAGAGUUCAAAAAAGGGGGUAAAAAGUUGGUCGACGGCCCUACUAUUUUUUUUUUUUUUUUAUGCUAUCAUCAUUACCGUUUCUUUUGCACGUAUUCCCAGUUGACUGCAUGGAUUCGCCAGACAUGUUUCACGUUUCCAGCUUUGACGAGAGAUGUGGGGAUAAACUUAACGCCUUAACUUACUUUGUUACAACAGAUUGUGAAAAAAGAUAAGAAAAUGGAAAUGUAGUAAUUUGAAGAAGAAAUAAAAAUUGUUUCAAUCAA